AUGGAGGCGAGUAUAACUAAACUUAAUGAUGAUUUAAAAUUUGCUUUGAAUGGAUUCAGGGAGGAGAUAUGCACCCUUCGUGCUGAACAUGAGCGUCUAAAGCAUCAAACUGCUGAUAUAUCCCGUGAUGUCUCAGAAUUAAAAGCAUCCAUGCAAUUUCUUUCCGGGGAACAAGACGAUUUCAAAAAAAAAGUGGAUGGCACAAUACGUCAAUCUACCAAACAAUCCGGCCUAACCAUUAGCAACUUGGAAACUAAAGUCGAUUACCUAGAGCAACAAGCCAGACAAAGUAACAUCGAAAUCUGUAACAUUCCUGAAACUCGCAGUGAAAACUUGUUAAACAUAAUGGGAUCGAUUAGUAUGGCUAUUAACUUUCCAAUUUCUCAGAAAGAUAUCCUGUCAAUCCAUGGAGUUCCCCAUGCUCACCGUCAAACAAAUAAGCCCUAG